ACACACACACACACACACAUACACACAGCGGCAGCAUCCUCCCUCUCAGCGCGACUCCUCCGGGGAUCGGGAGCAGACCCAGUCAAACUUCCAGCAGAGAAAGGAUUCACAACGAGACAACAGUAAGGUGAGAGAUGUUGCUAGCUGCAAUCGGCCAUCUGCUCCGUUUCUUCUUCAUUCAGGGCUGAUGUCCUCAUGCUGUGUCCCUCAACGUGCACUGCUCUGCUUGUCCCCCUCGACCAUUUCAUGGGCCUCCAAGUGACCCCCGCCGUUCCACCCUUAGCCCCUCACCCCUAACCUUCCUCACCCGGCCCCACUCCCGACCCCCAACCAUGGUGGCCCGCGCUCUCGUGAUGGUGAUGAUGUGUCGAGGCGUGCUGCUGUCCGUCGGAGACCCGCCGCCGUCCCGCCGGGAGAUCCGAAUGGAAGGCGACCUGGUCCUGGGCGGCUUGUUCCCCGUACAUGAGAAAGGCAGCGGCAUGGAGGAGUGCGGCCGUGUCAAUGAAGAUCGAGGCAUCCAGAGACUGGAGGCCAUGCUGUUCGCCAUAGACGCCAUCAACAGGGAUCCCGUUCUGUUGCCUGGCGUGUCCCUCGGCGUGCACAUCUUGGACACGUGCUCGCGAGAUACCUACGCACUGGAGCAGGCGUUGGAGUUUGUGCGCGCGUCGCUCACCAAGGUGGACGACUCGGAGUUCAUCUGUCCGGACGGCUCUUACGCCUUGCAGGACGACAGCCCACUCGCCAUCGCUGGCGUCAUCGGCGGUUCCUUCAGCAGCGUCUCCAUACAGGUUGCCAACCUUCUCAGGCUCUUCCAGAUCCCCCAAAUAAGCUACGCGUCCACCAGCGCCAAGCUCAGUGACAAGACCCGCUACGACUACUUCGCCCGCACCGUGCCGCCUGACUUCUAUCAGGCCAAGGCCAUGGCUGAGAUCCUGCGCUUUUUCAACUGGACCUACGUCUCCACCGUGGCGUCGGAGGGCGACUACGGAGAAACGGGCAUCGAGGCCUUCGAGCAGGAGGCCCGCAUGAGGAACAUCUGCAUUGCCACGUCAGAAAAAGUGGGACGUUCCAACGCCAAAAAGUCAUACGAAGCCGUAAUCCGCCAACUCCUCCAGAAGCCCAACGCCCGCGUGGCCGUCCUGUUCCUGCGCAGCGACGACGCCCGAGAGCUUUUGGCCGCCGCCGCCAGGCUUAACGCCUCCUUCAUCUGGGUGGCCAGCGAUGGCUGGGGGGCGCAGGAGAGCAUCGUCAAGGGCAACGAAGUGACUGCCGAAGGAGCCAUCACGCUCGAGCUGGCCGCCAAUCACGUGCCAGAGUUCAACCGCUACUUCCUCAGUCUGAACCCCAAGAAAAACCUUCGCAACCCGUGGUUCAGGGAAUUCUGGGAGCAGCGCUUCCAGUGCUCACUGGGCAGCGGCGGAGGGGAAACAUCUCUCCCCUUGUGCGACAAGGACCUAUCCAUGGACAAGAGCAACUUUGAACCCGAGUCCAAGAUCAUGUUUGUGGUAAAUGCGGUGUACGCCAUGGCCUACGCCCUUCACAAUAUGCAGCGCAGCCUCUGCUUCAACACCAGCACACUGUGCGAUAGCAUGAAGGCCUUGGAUGGCCGCAGACUCUACCGGGACUUCAUCCUGAACGUCAGCUUCACAGCCCCCUUCUCCCCCGCCGGCAGCGAGACGGCCGUCAAGUUCGACUCCCAGGGCGACGGCGUAGGCCGCUACAACAUUUUCAGCUACCAGCGCUCCGGCGAACGCUACGCUUACGUGCCGGUCGGCGAAUGGGCCGAGAGUCUCAGUCUUAAUGGCGGUCUGAUUCAGUGGCCCAGGGAGGCAGCGCCCACCUCGCAAUGCAGCGACCCCUGCGAGCGCAAUGAGAUGAAGAAAAUGCAGGCAGGCGAGUACUGUUGCUGGAUCUGUACUGCAUGCGAGCCUCACGAAUACCUGGCUGACGAGUUCACUUGCUCACCCUGCGCUCCGGGUCAGUGGCCCACCGACGACCUGACGUCCUGCUACGAGCUCCCUGAGGAUUACAUCAUGUGGGAAGACGCAUGGGCCAUCGGGCCCAUUACCAUCGCCUGUGUGGGCUUCUUGUGCACGGGCCUGGUGCUGUGGGUGUUGGUCCGCCACAAUGACACGCCACUGGUGAAGGCGUCGGGCCGCGAGCUGUGCUACAUCCUCCUCUUGGGCGUCUUCAUGUCUUACGCCAUGACCUUCCUUUUCCUGGCCAAGCCGUCGCCGGCCAUCUGCGCCUUGCGCCGCCUCGGCCUGGGCACAUCGUUCGCCGUCUGCUACUCGGCACUGCUCACCAAAACCAAUCGCAUCGCCAGGAUCUUCGGUGGCGUCAAGGACGGAGCGGGUGCUGCCAGGCCGCGCUUCAUCAGCCCGUCUUCUCAAGUCUUCAUUUGCCUGAGCCUGAUUUCGGUGCAGUUGGUGAUGGUGUCCGUGUGGCUGCUGCUGGAAGUUCCAGGCACGCGGCGCUUCACGCUGCCCGAGCGCCGGCAGACGGUCAUCCUCAAGUGCAACGUGCGCGACGCCAGCAUGCUGCUGUCACUCAGCUACGACGUACUCCUGGUCAUCCUGUGUACUGUAUAUGCCUUCAAGACCAGGAAGUGCCCCGAGAACUUCAACGAGGCAAAGUUUAUUGGCUUCACCAUGUACACCACCUGCAUCAUCUGGCUGGCCUUUCUGCCCAUCUUCUAUGUCACGUCCAGUGACUACAGAGUCCAGACGACCACCAUGUGCAUCUCAGUGAGCCUGAGCGGCUUCGUGGUGCUGGGCUGCAUGUUUGCUCCCAAGGUUCAUAUCAUCAUGUUCCAGCCCCAGAAGAACGUCACCAGUCACAGGCUCAACCUCAAUCGCUUCAGCGUCAGCGGGGCGGCCGCCGUCUCCUACGCAUCUCACGCUUCCGUCAGCGCCCACUACGUCCCGACCGUGUGCAACGGCAGAGAAAUUGUCGACUCAACCACUUCGUCUCUGUGACCGCCCACCCCACAAAGACGCCCUGCGACUGUUAGCCCCGCCCACCAAGACCCUAUGAACCAAUGAGGUUUCAUUGGUCUACCUAAUGUUGCAGCCUCCGUAACUGACCGGUCCGAGCAGUGUAGAAAAUGUAUAACUAUAAUUAAAUUAUUUUCUAAAAGGCUUGUAAAUAUGUGGGAUGGACAUUGUGGUAUGUAGACUAUAAAAAAAAGGGACCCCCACCCCCCCCCCCCCCCAAAAAAAAAAAAACAUUUUUAGGAGGAUCUUUUGGAGCAUUUUGUUUUUUGAUAGCUUUGUUAUUAUGAUGUAAAUAGGUUCAUGACGGUGGUAAGGAAGAGGACCUUUGCAAUACCCCACUGACUUUUUAUUAUUGUUAUGAUGUUUAUUCUCAUGGUCUUUUUGUAGGUUCUCAUUGUAAUAAUGAUAAUACUCCAAUGUAUGCAUUUCUAGUGUGUACCUUUUUGCGUAAUAUGGCCCACGGUUGAAACAGCACAAUGAGUGGGACAGUAUUUGGGCAGGACUGAAUGUGAGCGCAAUGGACAACUUGUACAAAAAAAAAAAAAGAACUACAUUACAUUUACGUCUUCAUGGAAUUAUGUUGCUUUUGAUACUUUUGUUUUUAUAUAAAAGAACGUGUCUAA